GGAACAGGAGAUUCGAUGUUUCGGGCAAAAGCCCUUCAAGAAGUUGGUGGACCAGUUCAAUUGGGGUCACCAUGAUGGGUGGACAUUCUGAAGAAGGGAAACUAGAAAUCGAUCGAAAGAUCAAAGUGGACCAUGUUCGGAGAAACUUAUUCGGCCCCGUUGAUCACGAGCAGCUACAGCAAGAUUUUCAGCAUUUACUGCGGGAUAACAUUGAAGCUGCCGGACAAAAAUGGAACUAUGACUUCGGUCGGGAAGUUCCAUCGGAAGGCACCCUUGAAUGGGAAGAACUGAAAUGCCAUGAUGUUCCAGCUUUCUACAGGAGCCGUGUUAUCAUCAGAGAGAAACACUGGCGUGGGAUACAGGAGCCUGCGGUGGACAGGAGGAGCUGUGAGCUGCCAGAGUCUCAGAGCAAGCAGCUCAAAAUCCAGGUGACCCCUGAACCCAAGAGAGGGAAGCAGACAUACAUAACAGAUUACUAUUCAACAAAGAAGAGGUGUACACGCCCAAUCCACCACAGCAGAAGAAAGUAGUGUUCCUGAAUAGAAGAUCUAGAGAUGGUUUCAAGGGACUGCACGUCAUUUGAAGUAAAACUGCCUUAGGUUCAUGAAGAAAAUAUAUUA